AUGUGCGGUGGGUCCAUACUGAACCAGAACUUGGUACUGACAGCAGCGCACUGCGUCGAUGAUUGUAUAGAAGAGGACAAUAUACUUGUAAAAUAUGGCAAUAAAAUGAUUUAUGAAAUGAAACAAACAUCAACAAAGAAAACGGUUCAUCAUGAAGAUUACGAUGAUUUCUAUAUGUUGAAUGAUAUAGCACUAGUAUUGACUAAGGAAAGAAUACCAUUGGAUAGCGUUGUAAAGAGAGUCAUACUAAUGAAAUCGCCACCUGUAGUAACAGAUGCCUACGUUUCGGGAUGGGGAGUGGACGAAUACAAUGUGGUAUCACAUGCAUUAAAACACACAACCGCAUUAGUGCGAGAUGUAAAAACAUGCGUACAAGUAAUGGGUUCGAUUCCUGAUGGCACAUUUUGUGCGGGACCCAUUACAGGAAUCGGUGCGGCAAAUCGUGGUGAUUCCGGUAGUGCUCUCGUAAUCAACAAGUACAUUCAAAUUGGUAUCGUGUCAUACAAACUUAAAGACUACACUUUAGUAACUUAUACAAAUGUGUCCUACUUCAUGGAUUGGAUACAGGUCAAUUCUGUAGAACUUUUCUGUUACAACGAAACUGAAUCGGCGAAUUGA